AUGAGCGACGGCGAGAAGGUUCGCGCCUCUGGCGAGACGCCCCGGGAGCAGUCUCUGCCUACUGUCAACCCCGCAGCGGAGAAGACAGAGCAGCCCAGCACUACAUUCCACCCCGCGGUUUAUGUGACUGCAUGGAUUACUUUGAGUUCCACUGUUAUCCUGUUCAACAAGUACCUCCUUGACUAUGCCAACUUCCGUUUCCCCAUUAUCCUCACAACAUGGCACUUGUCCUUUGCUACCAUCAUGACCCAAAUCCUCGCUCGCACCACUACUAUCCUCGACGGCCGCAAGAAGGUCAAGAUGACCGGCCGUGUUUAUCUCCGCGCUAUCGUCCCUAUCGGUAUAAUGUUCAGUCUGAGUUUGAUUUGCGGUAACAUGACCUACCUCUACCUCAGCGUUGCCUUCAUCCAAAUGCUCAAGGCCACCACCCCUGUGGCUGUUCUUCUCGCAACCUGGGGUAUGGGUAUGGCUCCGGCCAACAUGAAGGUCCUGGCCAACGUCUCCAUCAUUGUGAUUGGUGUGGUCAUUGCGUCCUUCGGUGAGAUCAAGUUUAACAUGGUCGGUUUCCUGUUCCAGAUUGGUGGUAUCGUUUUCGAGGCUACCCGUCUGGUCAUGGUGCAGGGUCUGCUCAGCUCCGCUGACUUCAAGAUGGACCCCAUGGUGUCUCUGUACUACUUUGCCCCCAUCUGUGCUGUCAUGAACGGUGCUAUUGGCAAGACCUCAUCCCUGGUCAUGACUCUGUGCGGUGUCCUCAAGGAUAUCCUGUUGGUCGCUGCCUCCAUGCUCCUGUGGCAGACUCCCGUCACUGGCCUCCAGUUCUUCGGUUAUUCCAUUGCUCUGAUGGGUCUUGUCUGGUACAAGCUUGGCGGUGACAAGAUGCGCGAGUACACUUCCUCCGCCGGCCGUGCCUGGGCUGAGUAUGGAAACAACCGCCCCGCACAGCGCAAGUUUGUCGUCUUUGGUGCUGCUGCUCUUAUGUUCUUCCUCUUUGUUGGCUCUAUGGCUCCCAGUUAUGCCAAUGACUCCGUUGACCGUGUCAAGGGCUACCUUGGUGGUGCCACUGCUGGUAAUGCUUAA